AUGCCAGAAAACAUAUCCCUAAUUCGUAUCUACCUCGCCUCUUCAAACGCCUCCAAGAAUACGGAAAUUUUGGAUGAUGUUGGCCAUUUCGAGAGUGUUGAGUUAUCAAUACUUCUAUGUGAAGUUAAUUUGGAAACUGCUUCCAGGAUGUAUACAAUAUUUGGAGUUGCUGGAACAAUUAGAUUGCUUGCAGGGACAUAUGUAUUGGUCAUAACUUCUCGCAAGGAGGUUGGAACUUACCUUGGUUAUCCUAUCUUCAGAGUCAUGUCUAGGAAGUUCUUAUGCUGUAAUGAAGGUUUAAGUAAUCUUAAUAAUCAGCAAUAUGAUGGAUUCAAGUCAUCAUUUUUACAGGUCCGAGGUUCAAUUCCUCUAUUGUGGGAACAAAUUAUUGAUUUAAGUUAUAAACUGCGUCUUGCUGUUAUUGAGCAUCAAGAUACAGUAAUUUUAACCUUGUGUUUAACUGGAUGCAUCCCAUGGUGGUGA